GGAUAUCAUGUCCAUUUACAAGGAGCCGCCUCCGGGGAUGUUCGUGGUCCCCGAUACCGUGGACAUGACUAAGAUCCAUGCAUUGAUCACAGGCCCCUUUGACACUCCUUACGAAGGGGGCUUCUUCCUGUUCGUGUUUCGGUGUCCGCCUGACUACCCCAUUCACCCUCCGCGGGUCAAACUGAUGACGACGGGCAAUAACACAGUGAGGUUCAACCCCAACUUCUACCGCAAUGGCAAGGUCUGCUUGAGUAUCCUAGGGACCUGGACCGGCCCCGCCUGGAGCCCGGCACAGAGCAUCUCCUCCGUGCUCAUCUCCAUCCAGUCGCUGAUGACUGAGAACCCCUACCACAACGAGCCCGGCUUCGAGCAGGAGCGACAUCCAGGAGACAGCAAAAACUACAAUGAAUGUAUCCGGCACGAGACCAUUAGAGUCGCGGUCUGUGACAUGAUGGAAGGGAAGUGUCCCUGCCCCGAGCCCCUGCGGGGCGUGAUGGAGAAGUCCUUCCUGGAGUACUACGACUUCUAUGAGGUGGCCUGCAAGGAUCGGCUGCAUCUCCAAGGCCAGACCAUGCAGGACCCUUUUGGAGAGAAGCGGGGCCACUUCGACUACCAGUCCCUCCUCAUCCGCCUGGGCCUCAUCCGCCAGAAAGUGCUGGAGCGGCUGCACAACGAGAACGCCGAAAUGGACUCUGACAGCAGCUCGUCGGGCACGGAGACAGACCUGCACGGGAGCCUGCGGGUGUAGACCCUGCGCCCGCCGCCCUCCCCCACGCGGCACCGGCCCCUUCCGCGUGGCGCCAUCCCCAGGAUCCCGGGGUGUGGGCGGGCUGCUCCCCUCUGACCUUGGCGCCCAAGCCUUGGGGCUGUGUCCCCUGUCAGGGCCCAGGUACCUUCGUGGGAGCCCGCAGGGCCAGGGCCCCGGCAGACCCCACCGCCGACACCUCCAUACCUCUCCCAGGCGGCUCCUUAGGGAGAACUGGCUGUGGUGUGCGCAGGGGGCUCUGGGAGAUCCGCCGGGGGCUCGGGUGGGUGUCUGGCACGUGAGCAGUCUGGGUGGUUGUCUGUCUCUCUGUCUGUCUGUCUGCGGUCUCCAAGCAGGCUCCAAUGCCCGUUCCCCUCCCUCCCCGCCCUCCUCGUUAUUCUGGGCCCACAUAAUUUCUUUUCCGUAAUUUAUAGUCACUGUUCUAGACAGACCAAAGAGCAGGAACAGUGGCGGGGCCCAGGCUGCUGAGGAUGAGCUUUACCGAGCACUGCGCACCUUCCCCCCCCCACGCCCUCUGGGUUCCGCGGGCCCAGGGAACGGACCGGGCCGCGCUCACGGCCCGGAGAAGUCCGAAAUACUGUUUGUCCCCGAUUGGAGAUGCUCGCAAGGCAGCGGCUGUGGGGACUGGAGCCGCCGCACAGUGGCCCUUGCAGGGUGUCCAGGUUGCCAGGGCCUCCCCCUGGGUGGAGCGGGCGACAGCAGUCCUUAGCACAUUUUGUUUGGUUCCCAUGUCUUUUCACCCAGCCCGUACCCCCUCCUCAGUUCAACCCCAGGGAUUUGUGGGGAGUAGGGUCCCCGGUGGCGGGAGGAGGUAGGGCUCGAGACCCCUCCCUUCCCCCAGCUGCUCCAUGCCGCCUGCGGCCUGGCUGUGUUGCUUCAGUUGAGCGCAGUGUCCUGUAGCCGGGUGGAAAGGCAGCUCAGGUGCCCAGGGGCGUGGACGCCGGGAUCCGCCUUCCUGUUUGUGCUUUUGCAGGUUGAGUUGUUAGGGCUCCGAGGCUGCGACCCGGAUGACACGGGGAAGGGGGGGACAUUGCGCACCUGCCCUCCUGCUGCUACGAAGUCUCUGCCCUGUGGAUCCUGGGCUCCCCAGGGGACGGAGGGACGCGGGACAACAUCCCGCCCCGAGGGCUGGAAGUGCCGGGCUGGACGCCUGGGUGGAGUUGGUCUCCACGCGGGACUUGGGACCUGCUUCCGACUCCUUAGUUCCCAGAGCUGGUUGGGCUGGAGAAGUGCCCUGGGUCAGUGGGUCGGUCUGGUGUCGUCUCUUGUUCAUCUAAGUGUCCCCAUGUUCAAGUGACAAUCUUCUCCUUGGCCCGCCAUGGGGCAGAGCAUGUCUGGCAUAGCAGCCCGACUUUUACGCCCUUACCUUGAGUUGAGGAAUAUAUGCACAGGAGUCAGAGAUGUCUUUAUAUCCAACUGUACAUAAAUGAAGUUUUUUUUCUUUUUGGUGCAAUAAAGUUUGUUUUGGCA